AAGAAGAAGAAGAAGAAGAAGUGACGUCAAUUGGCGGGAAAACCUACGGAAGUUCUGGUUUGUUUAUCUCUAUGUUAAACCGAUGGAGGUUCUGGAUUAAGGUCCGGGGAUUCUGCUCUGUGGUUCGAGGGUCGACCAGGACUGGAUGGUGAUGCAUCAGUGGGAUUUGGCUCCGUUCUACGUGACUCCUGCUGCCAGCCUGCUUUCCAGAUGUGUCUCUGUAGGAGCUGCAUCCCAGGAGGAAAUAGACCCCACCCUCUCUCACCCAAGCCCCACCUUCUCCUUUCACCUGGAGGAAGCUGAGGAGCGAAUCAGAGUGCAGAAACUGCUGGAUGAGCUACACCUGCAGUUGGAGCUUCUGAAGGCAGAUAUGCAGAGCGCCGAUGUUGCCCACGUUUUCCACCUCGCUCGGAGGAAUGAGAAGCUGCAGACGUUUGGAGGUCACCUUGUGGUCCUCCUGAAGGAGCAGAGGAGCCUGAGGCAGAGACUGAUGAGGCCGCUGGUUCGCACCAACCUGCCUGUCCUGGCUCACAUGCACAGGUUUGUGGUGGACUCCUUCAAGCUAAUGAUGGACUUCAUAGAGUGUCUGGAAGUGAAGCUGAGAUCUGCCCGGAAAGAGAACACCACCACAGACUGCCUCGCUCUGCUGGAUACCUCCCACACCCUGCUCCUGACGCUGGCUGCUGAGGCAGAGAUGUUGUCCAACAGGAUUCUUCAGUGGAGGGCAGUCGGCAGCAGCCAGGUGACCUCUGAGCCUCCUCCUCCUCCCCCUGGACCAACGGACUGUGGUCUUUAGAAUGAACUUGGUUCUUGUUUCUGGACCAACGGGCUGUGGUCUUUAGAAUGGACUUGGUUCUUGGUUCUGGACCUUCACUGGUUCCCAAACUGACUGUUUUAAGAACUGUAAUAAAGAUAGAUUCCUGA